CCUGCACGCUGGGGCCGGAGUGGCUCUGCAGAGGCCAGGCAAUAGCCCGUGGGAGCGCUUCUCCUCCAGGCUGGUGACAGUCGUGCUGGGAGCCGUGGCUCUGCCGCUCCUGGCUGGGUCCUGGCUUGCAGCUUCAGGCACCUCUGUCCUUGGGAGAUGCCCGCUUGGGAAGGUGGGAGCAUUCCUGCUCUAGCCCUGCAGUGCUCUCCUUGGGUGAACCCAGGUCCCCAUGGGACACAGAGCCCCAGCCCACAGCCCGGGGCACGAUGCUCUUGAGGGGAAGGGAGGGACGAGUGCCAUGGAGCAAGCCUGCGUUUGAACUGCAUUCACUGCUGUUCAGAACUGAAGGAGUGCCUUAAAAUAGUUCAUGGGAGCUUCUCUGUCCUGUGUUUACAGACAUGGCUGGAGGCGAUGGAUAUCCAGCUUCCCGUCUGGGUUCCCGGGCUGACACGCUGGGAUAUCGCAUGGGUCCCCAAAGAGCGAAGUAUGAAGCUGAAAGAGGCAAAUCUUCCCAGCGGUCAUCAGAAGUCCUGAAGGAAAUCCUGAAGGACCUGGACAAGGCAGCGCUUGAGAUGGACCGUGAGACUGCGGAGAAUGAGGCGCUUCAGGAAGGAGGCAGUCACGCGGUGCCCGUCUCUGAUGACAGAAGAGGGGCAAUUCAGUCAGUGGAGGUGCCAGGCGCCUCGCCGCAGCUUCGAGAGCCCGGCCCGACACCAGCAGCUGCCCCUCACACCCGGACACCUGGACUGCCCACCCCAGCACCUCCAAGAGCUGGACCCAACACCAGCAGCCGUCACAUGUGCCUGGAAAAGCGGCCCACCAGCCACGGAGCACCGGCGGGGAACCAGCCUCCACCAGCCCGGACGGCCGCCCGGCCCGCCCGCCUCCGCCCCGGCCCAAAUGGCUGUCCAACUCAGCCAGCCAGGUGUUGCGGGACCGGCCCAGCACCCUCCGGGCCCCGGAGAAACGGCAACCACCCCCUCGCCCCCCAAGCCCAUUUCUCCAGCCCGCCUGCAAGGGCCUGGGGCAGUCCCGCCAGGAUAUGGAUUUGGGGAGCGACGGUGAAUGCGAGGGCCUAUAGGGGAGUGACAACAAAUAUGUUUUCCUUGGAUGACAAGGUCACGGACCUAGUUGGCCAAGAGAAGCCAGCUGAUGUGAUCUUUCUGGAUUUCAGUAAAGCUUUUGAUACUGUCCCUCACAGUCUCCUCCUGGGCAAAAUGUCCAGCACACAGCUGGAUAAACGCUACAUCAAGGAUAUAAAGUUACUAGAGAGUGUCCGGAGGAGGGCCAUGGAGUUGGUGAAGGGUUUAGAGGAGAAGCUGUACAAGGAGCAGCUAAAGUCCCUUGGAUCCAGCAGUUCCGUGGGCCAGGUAAGCCUUGAGUCAAAGAACCAGCUGGAAGCAGCUGUCACUGAUACGCAGCUGGAGGCCGGUCAGUUCCUUUAUCUCCCGUUACUAACAUUCAUGUCAGCGUAA